CAGUAUGUAUAAAUCUCCGUACCCCUCGCUCUCUUAGGAGUAUCAAUCGGUGUGGUGUCAAUCACAGCGGCGGCUUCCCUUUCAUCUCGAUCCUCCCAGUCGCUGCGAGAGAGAAGGCAGAGAGAGAAGAGACAGAGGACGGGGAAGGAGAGCUACAUUUCUUACGGAGCGGUGCUCCAGUUUGGAAGUCGGUCCACAGCGUAUCGGUUUAUAACGCACUCCUCGAUCUUUCGUAUAGUUUAUUACUUUUUAUUUUAGCCGUUAUUCAGUUCAAGUAUGUAUGUUCAUUCUAAUAGGGAUAGAUGCGCAGUAUUGUUUAAGUUGGGGAAAUAAAUAGUGUUCUACUUGUGGCAAACAGGCAGCACGAGAUUCAGAGACGCGUUUUUUAAAUUAUAUUUUUCCUUAUUUUUUUUUCACGAAAGGACUGCAACUCUCACAGGACCCCAGAACGAGGAAAUAUAAGCAGAAGUUUUUUUCUACAUGCACUUUGACCGUUAGCGGAGCUCCCGGGUGUGUGCCCUCCUCUGCCAAAUCUAACGGCACAUCUGACUCUCGUGAUGAGGUUUUGACUUCUGACAUUUUAAAGAGCCGAACUGGCGAGUGCCGCGGGUUGAGCGUGCACUACACAUCCGCUUUUGCCGAUAACAUCUUCAAUUUCGGAUAUUUAGAAUUUGAAUCAUUGUAAGAAUCCAUAAUAUUUCGAAAAACAACGACAAAAAAGGAUCUCCUGUUAAUUUAGCUAAAACAAAAAACGUGAUCGCACGCAGUUUCCUCCAGGGUACGGAGCGCAACACUUCAAGCCGCUUCAAGGAACAUUUUUGGUUUCCUUUUGGGGAUUUCGAUAGUUCCUCCAAUUUGGACAGUGCGAGUACUUCGACUGAAUCAAAAUGCCACAACUAGCAGGUGGUGGUGGUGGCGGGGACCCUGAGCUUUGUGCCACCGACGAAAUGAUUCCGUUCAAGGAUGAAGGAGACCAAGAACAAAUAUUCGCAGAACUCAGUCACUCAGAGGAAGACGAGGGAGACUUGGCAGAUAUCAAGUCAUCUUUAGUAAAUGAGUCAGAGACGAGUCCAAACAGCAAUCAUGAUGGAACUAGACAAUCCCAAAUAUCCCAAGACUCAUAUCAUGAAAAACACAGAGACCAUCACGACGAUGGGAAACACCUAGACAUGUACAACAAAGGUCACCAAUACUCUGGAUACCCAGGUUACAUCAUGAUGACUAAUAUGAACAACGACUCCUACAUGAACAACGGCUCCCUGUCGCCGCCCAUGCCCAGAACGUCCAAUAAGGUUCCGGUGGUGCAGCCGUCGCAUGCGGUCCAUCCGCUCACCCCCCUCAUCACGUACAGCGACGAACAUUUCGCCCCCGGACCCCACUCUGGACACCACCCCCAGGACAUCAACCCCAAACAAGGACAGUACCACUCAUCCUGUCUCUCUACAGGCAUGCAGCGGCAUCACUCCGGGCCGGACAUGACCAACUUCUACCCCCUCUCCCCUGGAGGAGUGGGACAGAUCACGCCCCCACUGGGAUGGUUCUCCCACCACAUGGUCCCGGGUCCCCCCGGCCCUCACGCCACAGGGAUCCCCCACCCGGCCAUCGUCAACCCCCAGGUCAAACACGAGCCCCAGCACGACAACGACCUGAUGCACAUUUUUGCCAGGAAGCCUCAGCACCAGGAUCAGAGGAAGGAGCAGGAGCCCAAGAGACCCCACAUCAAGAAGCCGCUGAAUGCCUUCAUGCUGUACAUGAAGGAGAUGAGGGCCAACGUGGUGGCAGAGUGCACGCUCAAGGAGAGCGCCGCCAUCAACCAGAUCCUGGGACGGAGGUGGCAUGCUUUAUCCAGAGAAGAGCAAGCUAAGUAUUACGAAUUAGCCCGCAAGGAACGGCAGCUCCACAUGCAGCUCUACCCAGGCUGGUCCGCCAGAGAUAAUUAUGGAAAGAAGAAGAAGCGGAAGAGGGAGAAGAUACAGGAACCGGCUGCAGACCCCCAUAGAACUCCAUUUGACCCCUCCGCCCUCACUAGAGUGGGCUUUCAGAACCACCAUGCAGGUACAGGCCAGAGAAUGAAAACGGCGUACAUCUGAGCAUAAAUGGAGGAAAACGGAACGCUUUCUCCACGUCGUGCAAAGCGAAGGCAGCAGCUAUGGCCCCUCUGUUAGAGAUGGAGGCCUGCUAGAUUCCAUCUUAUCCCCGACCCCCGACCCCAAGCCUCAACUCCUGUUCUCAGAGGAACGUGACUUUAUACUCCUCUCCUGCAGUGGACUCUCCUAUCUGCUGUAGAAACUCUGAACUGAACAAGACAAUCACUACUAAAGACCAUCAUCCAACCGCAUGCAAACUCCCCAGCCCCCUCACUCCCCAGCCCCCUCACGCCCCAGCCCCCUCACUCCCCAGCCCCCUCACCCAGCCCCCUCACUCCCCAGCCCCCUCACCCCCCAGCCCCCUCACACCCCAGCCCCCUCACACCGCAGCCCCCUCACUCCCCCCAUCCCCAGCCCCCUCACUCCCCAGCCCCCUCAGCCCCAGCCCCCUCACUCCCCAGCCCCCUCACCCCCCAGCCCCCUCACUCCCCAGCCCCCUCACUCCCCAGCCCCCUCACACCGCAGCCCCCUCACUCCCCAGCCCCCUCACACCGCAGCCCCCUCACUCCCCAGCCCCCUCACACCGCAGCCCCCUCACUCCCCAGCCCCCUCAGCCCCAGCCCCCUCACUCCCCAGCCCCCUCACCCCCCAGCCCCCUCACUCCCCUCACUCCCCAGCCCCCUCACUCCCCUCACUCCCCAGCCCCCUCACCACCCAGCCCCCUCACCCCCCAGCCCCCUCACUCCCCAGCCCCCUCACUCCCCAGCCCCCUCACUCCCCUCACUCCCCAGCCCCCUCACCUCCCAGCCCCCUCACUCCCCAGCCCCCUCACUCCCCAGCCCCCUCACGCCUCUUUUUCUUCUUACAAGCAUCUCUAUCUCAAUCCAAGGCACUGCACUGAAAACAGUUCAGCGAUUUCACUUUGUCAAACACAAUUAACACCUCCCCAAACAUACCCCAACACCUGUUUCUAAGUUAUUCCUAAGUUAUUUGCCACCUCCGUUCCUUUCCUUUGUACAGCCCACUAUGUUCGACCCAUCAACACUCCCCUUUCCCCUCUCUCACUGGAUUUCAGACCACAUGUUUGGGUUGCGGCCUGGCCCAACACCUCUUUAGACUGACUGCACUAUCACAAGGAAGAUGGAGGGAUGUCAAUCACAUGUUGUCAAGGAAACAUCCUCUCACGGCUCCUGUCCUCCAUUUUGUUUUUAUUUACGACCAGUUGGUGCAAAAAACAUCAACAUUUUAUGAUUAUAGCUUUUACUUUUGACUUGGAAUUAAUUGAAUGCUUUUUUUGUAUUUUGAACUUGGUUUAAAUUUCUCGGUGUAUAUUUUCAGUGAAUGUUUUUUAGUUUUUUUUAUAUAUAUAUAUAUACUGGUAUAUAUGAAAAUAAGCUUUGAACACAGGAAAGCCAUUUGUUUUCUUGUUAAAGCAUCUUGCAGAAAAAUGAAAAUUAAGGCUUCUUUUGAUACUAUUUGUAACAAAUAGUGACCUUGACUCGAGUCUUGCUCAGAUGUAAGAUAAAGCUCAGUAUGUGUACUUUUUAAAGAAACUGUCAGGAUAUGUCACUUUUCUUGGUAUUUUUGCAGGCAACGUUAGGACAAAGGCAAGUGGUUGCUCAGAGGCCUAUAUUUUAUUGUUCUAAACUGACAAAUGAAGCAGAUAUAUAUUUACCCCAGCACUUGGCAGUGUUCAUUUUAUUGCGAUCAGGGUUGGGGCCAAUUCCAGUCAAUUCAGAAAGUUGACCAAAUUGCAAUUUGACAUUUUCCUCAUUGGAAAGCAUUGAAGAGAAGUUGGAGUUGGGAUUUCAGUGUACUUCCUGAAUUGACCCCAAGCUUGAUUGCGAUGGACUUUUCUCUUCUCUAUCUGGUAACUGUGGUCUUUUUGCCCAUGUUGUUUAUUCCAUGCAUUUCUGUAACAUUUCAUUGAUUUUAUGCUCUAUUUUUAGUAUUACUUGAUGCAUUUUUUAUUCAUUGUCGUAUUUUGAAUCACUGUCAUCUUGGCAUAAGCACUUUGCUUCCCAAGUGGUCACAUUUUAACAGUUUCAACAUGUUUUGUUUUUUUAAGAAAAAUAAAAAGGCAUUGGCUCA